AUGACCGCCUCCAUCAGCAAGAUCAUCCUCUUCUGCCUCCUUUUCUUCCUCAUUGGCUACGAGGAGUGGGCCGUGGCGGUACCUGUCCCUGGAGGCAAGUCGUCCAAGAGUCGGGCGCGCACCCCUCCUGCACCCGGUCGCAUGGAUGCUGGCCCCAGCAUGGCUACCCGUCCCCAGUACCGACUCCACAACUCUUUGUUUACGAAUCCCAUCCCCGACACGCAGUAUCAAAUGUACGUUGACGAGGUGACCCCCGCCCUGCGUCGGCUCGGCUACUUCAACAUUGCGGCCGGACGCUAUCAAUUUGAGACUCGGGAGCUGCCGAGGUUCGCAGGGGCUGUCCGAGCUCAAAUGGCGAGCGAUCCGCGAAAGAAGAAGUUCAUCCCGCUCUUUGCCGAUCGACGAGGCUUGAGCGGCCCAAAGAAGGUGUAUGCCAUGCCGCUUGCUGGGCGCGACUACGCUAGAGGGGGCUUGGGAGACUAUCAAGGAGUCAGAGGAGAGCAAAAGGUAGCUCUGCUUGGUACCUUUCCCUCGCGCGAUCCAGCAAUUGGUCCUCCCUGGAUCGAGCUGUUCGGCGUCGCGAGUGUGUCGGGAGCUCCUAAGCUGCACACAGACAUCCCUAAACGCUCGAGUCGAGACCUGCAGACGCACAAUCUGGCCGAGUUCCUAGAUUUGGAAAACGUUGCUCACAACGUACCCGAGCCGGUUCGCCAGGUUGCCUUUCACAUUGCAACCGCCUAG